AUGGUGCGCACACAGCCUGACCAUGUUCACCCAUUCAGAAGUAAAGUAAAAGUCCACAAUGGUGGAGUAGUGGUAACACACUCGCCUCACAGGUCAGAUGAGCGGAUUCUGAACCCUGACGUAGCCUUUGGAUAUGCACCGCUGAUGAGCUCUAAUAAGAGCCACACGCGAGCCCAGUUCUUCCUCCCCCCUUCCCCACUCACCAGAAUGUUUGAGCCGGGACAGGAGGACGGUCUUUCAAACGACAGUCACGUGAGUAUGCAUUCUACAAAAUCACGCAGCCACCAACGCCUUAAAUGCAGUAGUUCAGCUGCAGCGCCCUGUCGGUGCGCAACUGCCAUGCUACCCGAAAGAAGCACGAGGGCUGAGAUACUGUGGGGCUGCCGAAGCCUAGACAGGGGAAGUCGAGAGUUAGAGAUCGGGUUCGAACGACGGACCUUCCGGUACGGUUUUCGCGAAAUAUACUCAUGUGUCGCGACAUUUCGAAUAUCGUACCAACCGAAACAUGAGGCUGCCUCGUGCAGCACAUUCAGUCACUUGAAAACAUCACAAACGGGAGAUUCAGCUGGGUUUAAG